AUGUCCAACUUGGACGAACAUCUGGCACUGCCAUCGUCGCCUCCCACCGCCGAGUAUGAUAUCACAGUAGAUUCAUCCUCACAGUCCUCACAAUCGCGUGGCCGUCUUCCUACACAGCACGAGCGGCUUCUCAGCCCCGAACACGUUCAGCGCUUCCCACCACGAACACCAGCCAGCACCACUCGAAGCAGGUACAGAGACGACAGCUCGGAGUACUAUACCGCAGUUUGGGGCUCGCCAUACGAAAGGUCGCCCUCACCUACGCCUUCCGCCCGCACGGCAUUGUCUGAGCAAGCGAGGAGUGAAGACCAGCAUAUCUUGUCUUCGCCUCUCGCCAGCUUUGGCCUCGAGCAUCUGAUCCCGAGUCGGUUAGCGAACCAAUAUCGACACCAGACUAGCCAGUCUACUGCAUCCUUGACACCAGCGCUUGGUCUAGGCAUCAUCUCAGACGAGGACGAUUCGCAUACCCCCCGCUCCCGAACUAAACGUUGGAUCCAGCUCCCACGGAGCCAGACGCUCGAGAAGCCGGACUGGUGGCGCGACGAAUCGCAUUCGAACACUAGCUCUGAGAAGGAAACACAGUCUCACGAGCCUGCAACCGCUUCUGCUUCAGCUUCGGCGGCAGUCGACUUCGCUCGUCCAAGGUCGAAGGGACAUAACACACGUGAAGAUAAUCGGACGUUGAAUCAGCAGACCUUUCUGAAUAUUGUCCGCGGUGGGAAGGAGGACGAGAUGGCGAGUCUCUAUGCUUCGAGGUGGGCUGCUACGCCGCCGCCUGAGAUUGCUCGGGAGUUGGAUACGAAGGCGGAGCAGAUCCAGGAGCAGUCGAGGGAGGACGAGAUGACUCCGCCUGUGGAUGAACAGGAGACUGCGGUCAGGGGCUUGGAGGCUGUUGAGGUAGAGGGUGCGAAAGAUGACGUAACUGAGGCCACGGGAGCCGGCGAAGCAGCCGAGGGGCUACCAGAGAGCACAAAUAAGAAACCGGAAGGUGAGGACAUGGGCGAGAGCAGCGAGCAGGCCCCGCAAGAAGACGAAAUUGCCAGCAGUGUACGAGAACCGCCACCCCAAUGGAGUCGCCUGGAGCUGCCGAAACUGACCAGGAAGCGUGUCAGCUGGCGUGGCAAGAAUCUCAUCGUCUGCGUGCCGAACUCUGAUUUUGCGACGCUUGGUCUGCCCACACCCAUGAGCGAGGCAGAAACGCACGCUCGACUGAAGGCGUUCGAGGAUGAUGGCUACGAUAUCACCGGCUUUAGAUUAUCGCAUGAUCUCAGUGACCCGGGUCUUCUCGCGCACGCCCGUGCUAUCUACCCCGACGAAGGUGAGAUGCGAUCACAGGCUAGCCAGCGCCAACCCAGGGUUUCUUUGCCCGAUCUAAACAAGCUCAAGGAGGAUAUGGACAAGCUCAUCGAGCAGAAGCUCGCAGCUUUGGGUGUGGGUCUAGUGGGCGAAGAGCCACCACUACCCCCGGCAAUGCAAGCGCCGAGUAUGCAAGACACGUCACGACACUCAUCUGGCCAGUAUCCGCCUCUACCAUUCUCUCCCCCACUCCCUACUGGGUCUGCUGGCAGUAUGGGUCGUCCGCCUAUGAUACGCGGCCAUUCGCAUACAAUGUCCGUAGCUUCUCCUAUAUCGCCGGGAGUGGGCCCUUUCGGCCACAUGCACAGGCAUUCGACAUUCUCGGGACCUAUGGGCUAUCCUCAAUUGCAGACUCAGCAGCUACCGCAGCAUUCGCCUGUUCUUGGGAUGCAAGCCUUCUCACCACAAAAUCAAUUCGCGAUACCAGGUUUCUCACGCGGCGCUUCGCCUGCUCAGGUAGCAGCUCUGCGACAGGAUCUUGGUGCACUUCGGGGCCCUGGCUCACCACUUGCGCAGCAGAUGUUUGCAACACAAUCGCCUCAGGAUUACAGCAGAGGUCUUGUGCAAGACCAGAGACAACGUCAGCACGGAUACUCACAAUCUGUACAGCAUCCGGCUUCGUUCAAGCCUUUCGUGCCUCAGAUGGCUGCUGCGCAGCAGACGCCAGUCCUCCCCGAACUGCCAGAAGAGGACGAUGAGGAUGAGUUGCUCGAACCAGCGACCCAGCCAGAGAGUGCGACGGCCGAGACUGAGCCGCCGGCUUAUGUGCCCCCCCACAAGAGGGCACAGAUCAAUGCUGAUGUAGCCAUUCCUACACCUACGAGAGGACACCGUCAUAAUAUUAGUGAGGGCCUGGAGCGUGAGCUUCUCGAAGCUGAGCACCGUCAUGACGAGGAGCGCAAUAAUUGGAUCGAGGUCACGACCACUGAGGAUGAUUCUAACCAAUCGCUUGAUGAGCGGAGACAGCCUGCGCAGCUAAGAACAGUCGGCGAGAAAGAUCCAUCUGGCAACGAUGUGGAUGGGGAAGAGAGCCCACGGGCGCACAAGAAACGUCCCUCUCGCUUCAAUGUCUCUGCUCCAAGCUUUCACUUCAAUCCUACCGCGACCUUCCAGCCGACGGCACCAGCUUUCGCAUUCGGCGCUUCUGCUGGUCCCGAACCCACUGUUCCAAAGCAAGGUCACAACCGACAGACAUCCUCUGGCACGUUCAACGUCGCCGCGCCUGUUUUCAAGCCAACCCAGCCUAUCGCUAUUCCCAAGCAGCCAGAAUUCAGUUUCUCGGCUCAAGGCCCGUCAUUCAAGCCCGACGCUCCUGCUUUUGAGCCUCCAAAGAAGGAAGACUCUUCGCCACUUGCCAAUCGCACAGUGAUCGAUGACCUGCCGAGUAUCUUUGGCAAAGUCAAUAUUCCUAAUAUUGUCAAACCUGCGAAGAAGUCUAAGGCUGUCGCCAUUGUGAGACCGGACGUGGCUACUGAUUCUGGGGAGGAUUUUGAGGACGAGGACGGGAGGAUCACGCAGAGUGAGGAUAGGCUCAAGAGGCAACGCUUUGGUGGCGAUGAUGGGGAUGAGGUGCCGAGAUUUGCUGAGCCUACGCCUGUCCCUGAAGGCUUGGAACCCGAGGAACAGCCGGACCCUAAGGAAGCUGACGAUGCUGAAACCGCCGAGUCAACGGACGAGCCGGAUGGAUCUGUGCUUGAAGCUGCUGAGGUCGAAGAUGCAGAGCCUGCAGACGAACUCAAUAGUGCAGCAGAGAAGCCGGAGCCUGCCCCCAGAACGGUUCCUUACCACGGACACAAACCCUCGAGCUCACUCUCUGCGAUGGCCAAGCCCUUCGAACCUCCAGUACUAGGAGCCUCACUCGGCGGCCCUUUCAACCAGAACCAUGCUCACGACCUCUCCAUCAGUGAACUCGAGGAUGGCGAGAUACUCGAUGAUGAUGUGCCCGAAGUAUCACCUAUGCGGAUGGUCGAGCCACUACGACAAGAACUGUCUGCAGGGUUUGGGUCGUACACAUACCCCAGCAUUGGACGCAUUGGUGACGUCGCUCAUACCGAACCAUCGUUCGACGAGAUCGACGCAGUGAUGCGCCAACUCAAUGAAGCUGGACCUAGCGAUGAAGCGGAGGAGCCUACGGAACGUGCCAUGUCGCCUUUGCCGGACCUUGAGGAGACCUCGAUUCCAGGCGUUAGCUACAUACCCGGUUGGCCACGAAGCGACGCGCCCAGCCCGAGUCCGAGAAGGAAGUCCGUGCAGCAGCAGAUCCAUGCAGACUCAUCCUUUACGGUGCAUGACCGUACGGACAGCGGUGAGCAUGCUAUUGAAGGCUGGCCGCACGUCCAUAGACUCAACAGGGCUGAAGACGUGCCUACAAGCGAUUGGUCGGGUGUGCUGUCCCCUCCUGACGAGGAGAAGCUGCAGCAUCGCAGUGCUUUCUUCGACAGCCACAUCAACGAUGUGAUCGGCCGUGUAGUUGAGCAGAGGCUGCUGCCGCUUGAGGAGACGAUGCGGCAACUUCAGCAUGUCGUCGUCAAGCGUGCCAGCUCUGCUGACCGACCGUCACUGAAGCGCACGUCGUCCACUGUCGAGAGCGAUGCCGACGACGAGGACGAGCUGUCUGGCGACAACAAGCAGCGACCUGUGUCGCGAGGCAGGGACAAGCGGAUCGAUCAGAUCAAGGCCGCUGUCCUGGAAGUCAUGCGUGAGCAGAGUCCGAAACGCUCCCAGUCUUCUUACGAUCUGGCUGAUAUCCACACCAUUCUGGCUGACAUGAAAGUAUCCUUUGCAAGAGCAGCUUCGGCCAGUCUCGAGCUUGAAGACGUGCGUGCUGUGGUUGAAGACGUCUUGCAUCGCCAGAGCCAGGCUUUAGUGCCCAUGGUGACUGAGGACAACACUCGGAUGCAUAAGCGUGAGCUGUCUGAGCUCGAGGGCAGGCUCAAUGAGACGUUGGCUGGUGCUCUCGAGGAGGCCAACCACAGGCGUGAUGUGGAGGAGCGUGCAAGCGAGACACAGAGGAUGUUGCGUCUUGCUGAGGAGGAACUGACACUGCUUCGGGACUUGUCCCGCGGUGACGACGGUCGACUUGGUGCGUUGCAUGAAGAGCGCAAGGAAAUGCUCGACCGCGUUGAGAGGGCCGAGGCAGCUCAGAAACAGUCGGAGGAUCGUGCACAGGAAGUCGAGGAGGAGAACGAAGCAUUGCAAGCCACGCUUGGGGAGUAUCGCACUUCUAGCAACAAGUGGCGACAGGAUAUCGACCAUGGCGUCCAACAACGCGAAGAGUUCGAAGGUACAAUCUCCGCACUCGAGCGACAAGUCGAGGAGGCUCAAGACUCUAGCACCAGUAUGAGACGCAGACUCGAGAAACUUCAUGGUGAUAUGGCGAUGGCGGCAGGACAGCUUGCGAGUGAAAAGGCGGCUUGGAGGGCAAGAGAAGAGGAUUACCGUAGUCGAUGUGAGUCUCUAGAGGCUGCGCAAGCUGCUCAGGCUCGCGAGCGCCAUGAGCUUAACAAAGAGCUCCGGGUAUUGCGAGUUGGUCAAGCAGAGGCUACCGAUGCGAAGCGUGCACUGGAGCAGUCGACUACGUCCGGUGUUUCUCUUCGGGAGCUUGCUCAUCAGCUGAAGCAGGACCUUGCUGCCCAGCAAUCUGCCGCUGCUCAUCACGAACGCAACUUUCAUGAUGCCAAGGAAGCUGGCCGUGCAGAGGUUCAACGUACGCGUCUAUCCCUUGAGACUGAUGUUGAGACCGCCAACCGUCAAGUCAACAUUGUUCGGGCCGAGCUUGAAGGCCAGCUAGCCAAGGUGCGAUCUGAGCUUGACAAUGCACGACUCGAGGCGGAGACUACCAAGGCUAGGCAUGAGCGUGUUCUUGAGGAAGAGGAGACUGCUCAACGAGAGGCUCUCCGCAAAAUCAACCACUCAAGCAGUGUUGCACUUGACGAGGCACGCCAGAAGCACGGGCGCAUGUUCGAGGAUCUGCAGCUACAACAACAACGACAUCUUCAGCAUGCCAUUGAGGACAAAGAUCGGUCCGAGUACAUCCUGAAUGAGCGUCUUGGCCUGGCUGAUGCCAAGCUGCAGCAUGCUCAUGAUCGCAUCUUGCAUCUGGAGGAGAGACUCGAGGUCACGAAAUCUGCAGCGCAGGCCGCAGCUAUGAAUGCGCAGACCAGAGGUGUUUCGCCAAAGUCAAGAGGAUUGCCUGAGAAGAUCUCGCCACAAGCACUACGCGAGUCGAUCUUGGUCCUGCAAGAACAGCUGCAGGAACGCGAAUCGACAAUUGAACAGUUGCAGAGUCAAGUCGAUGACGAAGGCCCGGCAGUGCUCAAAGAGCGCGACUCCGAGAUAACUUGGCUUCGGGAAUUGCUUGCUGUACGCAGUGAAGACUUGACGGACUUGGUCAACACUUUGUCGAAGCCUACCUUUGACCGCAACGAUGUGCGUGACAUUGCUAUCCGGAUUCGUGCCAAUCUACAGAUGGAGCAGCAGGAGAAAGAGCGCUUUGGCUACCCACAGGGCUCGCUUGGUGGCCAGGCCUUGGCUAGCCUGUCAAGCUUCGCCACACCAAAAGCAGUAUCACUUACAUCCGCCUUCCAGAAGUGGCGGUCGAACAUGGAGAGCUCGGCACUGAAGACCGCACCAUCUAGGCCUGCCCUUCGUCCUCGAUCCAUGACGCCUUCCAAACCUCGACCAUCCUCCUCAAUGCCACCAAGCUACAUGGCCGGCUUGAUGACUCCUCCUGCCAGCAACCUCCGAAGCACACCAAGUCCAGAGGCCACGAAGUCGUUGCCUGCACCACGAUUGCAAAGCCGUAGGGCACCUCAGCCAUCGGCCGAUGGGUAUGCGGACGGUGCGCCGUCGCUUGAUAGCAUGGUGCCGACGUACAGCGAUGGACCUGCAACACCACUAUUCCGCGAACAGAGCUAUGAUCGCGAUGCCGAGGACAACGAACUCCACAUGCAAAACUUGGAGGACGAUGAUCUAGAUGUCGACGACGGGCAGCCACCUGCGUUUCGGUCCUUGGAGGCUGAGCUCGAUACGUCUGCCCGAGAUGAUACAAUUGCUUAA